AUGUUGCGCUCCUGGCUGCGUUCGCCACUCCCCGCGGCGGCGCUGGCCGCCGGCCUGUCGUCCUUGUCCAACUCGUCCCGCAGUGAACCGGUGCCGCCGUCAUCCGACUUCCCCCUGGACUCUCCGCCUAUCUCCACGCCGCCGCUCAGCAGUGACAAGCUGCGACUGACUCGCCGCUUCACACGCCGGAAGCAAACCAAGCACCACCGCUACGUGAUCGUAGGAUCAGGCACCGCCGCCAACGCCGCCAUCGAGGCCAUCCGUCAGGAGGACGCCAGCGCCGAUAUUCUCGUGCUCAGCGACGAAAACGCGCUUCCCCGUCUCGACUAUGGCUCCCAGCAGCCCGACGACGAAGACGCCGAAGUCGACGAGCCGCCACUGGCGCCCGCACUGCUCGAGAGCUACAACGAGUGGCGUCGCCACUUAAGCGCGCGCUUCGAGGACGACUCAGCCUCAUCCUCCGGGCCGCCGCCGCUCACGCUGCUGUUGGAUAAGCGGCCGCUUGAGUUUGACGUCGAAAAGAACCGCGUGUUACUCGGAGACGGCACCGAAGUGCGUUACGAGCGCUGCCUCGUGGCGUCGGCCGGCCGGCCUCGUCAUUUCUACGUGCUAGACAGCGACCGCGUGUCGUACGCGCUUAAAGACCGCGUCAACACGUGCACGACGCGCGCGGACUUCGUGCGGCUGGAUCAACUGGCGGCCGGAGGGUCCGAGGAAGGCGGCGGCGGCGUGCAAAGCGUUCUGGUUAUCGGUGCGGGCUUUUUGGGCUGUGAAGUGGCCUGCGCGUUGGCCACAGACCCGCGGAACGACCACAUUAAAACCAAACUGGUGUUCGUGGAACAGGCACCGGCUGCCAGGUCGCUGCCGCCGUAUCUGGCCGAGGAACUGGCACGUCGGCUCAGUCGCGCCGGCGUGGACGUGGUGCCUGACCGACUGGUGACGAGUCUGCGUCCGAGUAUGGACGACGACGACAACGAGAGCGACAGCGGCGUGACCGUCGGCGUACUGGGCAAAGAUAAACCCGAAGCAGCGCUGGACGCCGACUACGUCGUGCUGGCAUCGACGCACACAGACCCGUCCCCGACGCUGCGCAUGGGGCGCGCCACGCGCGCGGGCGGCGGUCUCGAACGGGACGAGAAGAACGGCGGACUCGUAGUCAACGCCCAGCUGGAGGCCGUUUCCGGCCUAUUUGUCGCCGGCAACGCCGCUAGUUACUACGACCCGUACCUGGGCAGACGGCGCGUGGACAGAUAUGACCACGCAGUCAACAGCGGCCUCACAGCUGGUCGUAAUAUGGCCAGGUCGCUGCUCGGCGCUGGGAAAAUGAAGACAUACCGACACCAGCCUUUGUUCCGUAGCCACUUGCCGGGCGUGAACGUUUUGAUUGAAGGUAUUGGGGAAGUAGAUUCGUCGCUACGCACGGUGGGCGUGUGGGUGCAACCGCCUAAUGUCAGUACGAGUUCCACCGGUGGACGAGCAAUGCCGUACGAACGUGGCGUGGUGUACUACCUCAAAGGCAACAAGAUCAUGGGCAUUGUACUGUGGAACGCGUCGGAUGUGUUGGAGAGUGCACGUCAAUUGAUGCUCUCUCGGCCGGAGAUCCGGGACAACGUGGUCGAGGAACUCAAACACACCAUCUCACUCGCUCCGAACGAGUGGCUACAUGUGGUGUCCACGUAG